AUUCGGUUAUUCAACAAAACUAUCUCAAACAGUUGUUGUUACUCCUGUUUGGUCUGAACGGUUAUUAAAAACUCACGUGUCUGUAGGGGUUCCAUGUCUCGGGUUCGAAGCUUGUCUGAAAUUAAUUUUAAACCUUAAAAAAAUCUAGAGAGAGACCAAAAAGCCGACGAUUAGUCCACCGUGACUCCACCGGUCCCUCCACCGUGACUUCACCGGUCCCUCCUCCGAUUAGUUACUCUUCUUCUUCUUCUUCCCCCGUUUCCGAUUUGAUUUGUUUCUGAAGUUGCUGAUUUAUACAUGUAUCAGGAAAUGGCUUUAAGAGACUUUUGGUGAUCAAAGGGCAUGACUUUCACAGAUUUUCCAGCAAAAGUCGUCAAAUGUCCAAGACUCAUUUUCUCCACUGUUGUUGUUGAUAAGAGUCUGAAACAACAAGGUCACGACGACGAUGAGCUGCUGCUGAUGUGAGAGAGACCUUUGUUUUUAUUCGUCUUACCAAACCAUAAAGAAAGAAGAGAGAAAACUAGAGGAAGAAGAAGAAGAAGAAAGGAGACAAAACAAUGAGUGUGUCUUUGAGUGUGAUGUCAUUCAAUCUUCACGAUGAUCUACCUGAAGAAAGCCCUAAUUCAUGGCUCAAAAGGAAAGAUUUGUGUCUCACUGUCAUCACUAGUUACUCCCCCAUUGUUCUCUGUACCCAACAAGGUGUGAAGUCGCAGUUGGAUUAUCUUCAGCAGGGGUUGCCAGCCUAUGAUCAAUUUGGCAUAUCAAGAACAGGACCUGGGGAUGCUAAUGAUGAACACUGCACCAUCUUCUUCAACAAGGAAAAAGUAGAGCUGCUAGAGGGUGGAACUUUUUGGUUGUCAGAGUCUCCCUCGGUCCCUGGAAGCACGGCAUGGGGUUCCGCAGUUCCUUGUAUAGCGACAUGGGCUACAUUCCAACUUAAAGGAGCGGAGCCGCCUGGUUUUUCGUUUCAGAUAGUCAACACAAACUUGGAUGAAAUCAGCCCUCGUGCCCGUAGGCGAAGUGCUUUACUCACAUGGCAACACAUAGCAUCAUUACCUCCCACUUUGCCGGUUGUGUACUGUGGAGGAUUCAACACACAGAAGGAAUCAACAACAGGGCGGUUUCUGUUGGGCAGAUCUAGAGAGCAUGGUGUGGUAGGAGAUAUGAGAGACGCAUGGCCAAGUGCCCGAGUAAGAAAAAACGUCGCUCUCAUAAGAACAUACCAUGAUUUCAAAGGUGACAAGCAGGGAACGGUCGAGUUCCUGAAGCUGAUAUUCAGAGCGUUAUGCCUCUGCUGGGACCGACAGACGCAAGAUCUACACACGGAUUGGAUACUUUACAGAGGUAGAUCUAUAGUUCCUGUAAUGUGCGAGAUCGUAAAUGAUAAGAUUGACGACUUGUAUCCUUCAUCUCACUACCCUGUGUUUGCUGAGUUUAUGCUUCCUCGUUCUGUAAGAAUGCUUGAACCUACUCCUCCUGUUUCUGCUCCUGCUCAAGAGGAAAGCUAGAACACAUGUCCUCACUUGCUUAAGCUUUGGACUAUACUGAUUGUUGUGCAAAUGAGCUCUGUUUUUUUCUCGGCGCCUUUAUUUAUUGAUUUGAGCUAAAACAUAUUCAAAAGAGAUUUAAAUAAAUUGUUUUGUUUGCUCCUAAUAGUUUGUGUUAUUAUUGAUGACCACUGAAACAUAAGAUUGACGACUUGUAUC